AUGCCUCACAAGCACAAGCGGAGGCAUAAAGAUGACUUCACCAGCUUUGACCUUCCUCCGACGAAGGUCGCAAAGCCCCUUCCGGCAAAAGAGAGUAAUGCAGACUUCAAGGAAUCUGCCAACAAAAAGCGCAAGCUGAAAAAGCCGGCCCAAAUCGCCUUCGAAGAUGAUACCCCCAAGGUUUUUCUCCGCAUGAUGCACCAGUUCCAAAAAUCUACGUCUGGAACAACUACACGGUCACAAUCUGGUCUUGAAGAUGACGGGACAAAGCCCAACAAAAAGCGGAAACGAGGAGAACGGGAGGGGCCCACAGUUAUUGCCAAUGGAGGGGGGAUGGCAUCGAAGAGAACCGGUAAUAGUAAAAAAUCCAACUCGGAACCUGGACAACACUCUAUAGCAACGUCAUCGCAGCCUCCUGCUCCGCCACAGACGUCUACUGCUAUCCCAAAAAUCCUCCCCGGCGAACGCUUAUCCGAUUUCUCCGCGCGAGUCAACCGGGCCCUCCCGUUCUCAGGCAUCUCGAGAAAAUCGGGCUCGUCAAGUGUAAGCAAGGAUCCCGCGCUGAAGAACCUGAGAGAACACAGACAGACCAAACAUGAACGGCGGCUUCUACGGCUACAGCGGGAAUGGAGGGAAGAAGAGGCGCGGAUUAGAGAGCGGGAAGAGGCUGAACGCGAAGAAAACGAGGCGGAGGAGGAAGAGAUCAAUGAGCAGUGGAAGGCGUGGGAGGCCGAAGCGGGGUUGACGAAGAAAAAGAAGGGCACCACUGCCAAGAAGAAUAAGAAGAAGAUCAAGAAGAGAAAGAAGAGUGGAAGAGGUGACGUGUUGGGCGGUGCUGGUGGAAGCGAUGCUGACAAUGUUGCCAACAACAACAAUAACGAUGAUGAUGAUGAUGACGAGGAUGAUCCGUGGGCGAAGCUUAAUCGCAAAGCGAAGUCUAUGCAACCUGCCAACCCACUUGAGGUUGUGCAGGCGCCUCCUGCACAGCUGACGAAACCGAAGGAGAAGUUCAAGGUGAGGGGCAUGGGUGGUGCGAAAGUCAAUGUGGUCAAUGUUCCGUCAGCGGCCGGGAGUUUACGGGCCCGGGAGGAGUUGGCGGAAGAGAGGCAGAGCAUUGUAGAGGAGUAUAGGAGGGUUAUGGUAGAGAGGAGAGGGUGAAAAAGAAUACCUAUUUGUUUUACGUCGUGGUAUCACAUUGUUAUUUGUUAAAUUUGACGGCGAUUCAACUGCGGAAUUGAAACUUCAAUUCGCUAUAAAACAACGCCUUGAAAUGCAAGAGCAAAAAAAAAUAAAGAUAACUUUUAAAAUCUUGCUAGAAUCUCGAUCGCCUUGAGAUCUGAGUCCAGAUAGGUAUCACGAGCGGCGAAUGCAUACAAAGAAAGGGUCUAUAUCUUCUUUC